AUGACAACCGCGAUAAUAUUUAUACAAGAUUGUGACUCUAACCGGAUAAGAUGUCGGGCGUUAUUAGACACAGGCGCUACAGCUAAUUUCAUCUCUAUAAACUUCGCGAAACGUUUAAAGCUUCCCAUAUCUCCAUGCACAAUAUCAGUCGGCGCGAUCGAUUAUAUGAGCACGAAAACCAAAGGCGCGGUUCGGAUAAUCAUUCAAUCACGACAUGAUAAGUUCGCUAAAGAGUUAACAUGUUUGAUCGUUCCUACGAUCUCGGAUUUGGUCCCGUUCGAAGUUUUCUCGCGAAAGAAUAUAAAAUUACCCGAAGGUAUUACCCUCGCCGACCCAGAAUUUCACGUUCCGCGCCCGAUAGAUUUACUGAUUGGAUCUAGCACGACGCUAUCAUUGCUUUCUACCGGUCAAGUCGACUUAUCAAAUAGAAACCGCGAUCUGUAUUUGCAGAAUACUCGACUCGGUUGGAUCAUAGCCGGCGGAGUCACGACCGGAAAUAAUUAUACAAAGGGUCAUCUAUGUUCACUAACGGAUUUAGAAUCGCAAAUGGCUAAAUUUUGGGCGACCGAGGAAAUAACAGAUAAUUCGUCGAGAUCUAUCGCAGUACACGAUAGUGAAACGCAUUUUUUAGAAAACGUUAUCCGCAAUAACGACGGACGAUACGUUGUUCGAUUGCCAUUCCGCAACAAAGAAAGACAACUCGGAAAUUCAAGAAACGUCGCACUUAAACGUUUUUAUUCUCUCGAACGUAAACUGGAAUUGAAUCCAGAAUUAAAGACAGCCUACACACAAAUCUUUGAAGAGUAUUUAAAUUUAAACCAAAUGACUUUGAUUAAUGAUCCAAGUGACGAUGGAUUUUACAUGCCGCAUCAUGCGGUAAUAAAGGCGACGAGUGACACCACACGAGUCCGCGUAGUUUUUGACGCAUCCGCAAAAUCAGAGAUCGGUAUGUCAUUGAACGAUCUGUUAUUGAUCGGGCCCACGAUACAAGAUAACUUAUUUGCACAUUUAAUUCCAUUUCGCAUAUUUAAAAUCGUACUCAACGCCGAUAUAGAAAAAAUGUACCGACAAAUAUGGCUACACGAGGACGAUCAAAGAUAUCAACGCGUAUUGUGGCGCUAUAACAAUGAAAUCCGUACCUUCCAACUUAAUACCAUUACAUUCGGAGUAGCAUCAUCGCCAUUUCUUGCCAUCCGUACGGUUCACAAGUUAGCGGACGACGACGGUGAUAGGUUUCCCGACGCGGCACGAUUACUCAAAACGCACUUGUACGUCGAUGACUUGCUCAUCGGAACGGAUACCGUCGAAGAAGCGCGCAGAUUACGAGACGAAGUAAUCGCGUUACUUGCUCGGGGUGGCUUUAACAUACGUCAAUGGGCCUUCAACGACAGGUGCGUCAUCGAAGAUCUAAAUCCCGACGCUAUAAAUUCGAAUCUUGACUUUGACAAAACCAACUCUCUGAAAAUGCUAGGAGUAGCGUGGGAUGCGCGGAACGACGCGUUACAUUAUUCGGUUCGCAAAAUCAACCACGUCGAAAGGUUCACAAAGCGAAUGGUCGUCGCGGAGAUAGCUAAGAUGUUUGACCCAUUAGGCGUGAUAGGACCGGUGACAUUGUUUGCCAAAAGAAUAAUGCAAGAUUUAUGGAAAUCUAAGAUAGGAUGGGACGAACACAUACCCCCUAGCAUACAAUCUACGUGGACGGAAUUUAUGUCACAGUUAGAGAUUAUCAACGAUCUACCUAUCAAUCGCGCGGUAGUAAUUCCCGAACAUAAUGACAUCCAAAUUCACGGGUUUUGCGACGCGAGCAAGGUAGGGUAUGGCGCGUGUCUCUAUAUACGUUCCAAAAAUCAAAAUGAUAGAGUACAUUGCCGUCUAUUAUGCGUCAAAAAUAGAGUCGCCCCAUUAAAAUCCGUUAAACGGAAACCCAUUAAAAAAACGAUACCGCGCCUUGAACUAUGCGGAGCGCUUUUACUAGCCAAAUUAUACGGCGAGGUACGUAAGGCGGCGGAACUUAACCCAGAUAAAGUUAUAUUAUGGAGCGAUUCAAUGAUCACCCUACAUUGGAUAAGAACGUCACCUCAUAGUUUGAAAACAUACGUAUCCCAUCGCGUUGCUCAAAUCCAGGAAAUCACGGAGCCUCAAAUUUGGCGACACGUCAAUUCAAAGGACAAUCCGGCCGACGCCCUUUCGCGAGGUCAGAUGCCGGGUGCUCUACUAAAUAAUCAGCAUUGGUUCUCGGGUCCGUCGUGGUUAAUAAAGAACGAAAAUGAAUGGCCUCAGGACUGUAUGAAACCGAUUGAAAUACCGGAAAUGAAGGGGAAUAAGUGUUUAAGCACUGAUAUUAGUAACAAAGACAUUUUACAAAAAUACUCCUCGUACACUAAAACGUUACGAAUUGUAGCGCUAUGUUUACGUUUUCGACGAAAAAACGCGUAUCAGGGACCACUAUGCGCGCAAGAAAUAGAAGAAGCGGAGAUAAGAGUAACGAAAAUCUUUCAGGCCUCUCGUUUCGCAUCCGAGUUGAAAAAACUUACCAACAAACAAACAGCAAACAAAAAAAUUGCCUCAUUAGAUCCAUUUAUCGAUCAACACGGUCUAAUUCGCGUCGGGGGACGUCUCAGAAAAUCGAAUUUGACAUUCGCGCAGAAACAUCCCAUUUUAAUUCCAAAUAAUCACUUCCUGACAGAUCUUAUUAUCAAAGAAACACAUGAAAGAUAUUUUCACUCGGGCAUUCAAACAACGUUAUAUACUAUCAGACAGAAAUUCUGGCUACUCGACGGUAGAAAUCAAGUGCGCAAAAUAGUGCGUUCAUGUAUUCGCUGCUUCCGUUUUAAUGCCAAUGCAAUUAGAUACAAAAUGGGCGAUUUACCAAAAUCUCGCGUAACCGAAGCGAUUCCAUUUGCCAAUACAGGGGUCGACUUCUGCGGCCCAUUCUACAUUAAAGAGAAAAAAUACAGAAAUCGGAAUCGUAUCAAGACAUACGUUUGCGUAUUUGUGUGUAUGGUCGUCAAGGCGGUGCAUCUUGAAGUGGUCAGCGACUUGACCACAGAAGGAUUUCUAGCCGUGUUGAGACGAUUCGUAUCUAGGCGAGGUAUUCCAACACACAUCUUCUCUGAUAAUGGAACUAACUUCAUCGGUGCGAGCAAUCAUUUAAGAGAAUUAUACAUCCUUUUUAACUCCGACGAGCAUAAAGAUCGGGUUAAUCGAUUCGCAAUCGAUCACAGAAUAACGUGGCACUUCAUACCUCCCAUCGCUCCACAUUUCGGCGGCUUAUGGGAGUCAACAGUAAAGCUAUUUAAACACCACUAUAAACGCGUUGUCGGUGACCUUUUAUUCACUUUCGAAGAAUUAAAUACAUUUACAACAGAAAUUGAAGGAAUCCUAAAUUCAAGACCUAUCUCCUAUCUCUCAUCUGAUCCAAAUGAUCCUAUAAUUUUAUCACCCGCACAUUGUAUGAUCGGUAAACCAAUUAUGAACAUGCCUGAACAUGAUUACUCGUCUGUCCCAGCUGCACGCCUAUCCACCUGGCAACAUCUAUCAAAGGUACGUCAGGACUUCUGGACCCGAUGGAGCCAAGAAUAUCUCAGUGAAUUACAAACGCGACAUAAAUGGAACAAAGAGGAAAGGAAUAUCGAAGUCGGAACGAUCGUUCUUCUCAAGGAGAAAAACCUGCCAUGUUCGCAGUGGGCCAUGGGCAGGAUCACAGAAAUACAUCCUGGCGAAGACGGAGUGGUGCGAACCGCCACCAUUAAAACGAGCGCUGGAAUCCUGAAACGGACAACGAAAUGUUUGUGUCCGCUUCCACUCGAACAAUAG